GAUUGCGAGUGUCGGAAUUAUCAAAACCUAAAAAAAAGGGGGAAAAAUGAGAAGAAACCGACUAAAUCCCUGAAAUCGAACCACAAAGCUCCGAAUUUCUCACCCGAUCUAUCGAAUCCAUCGAAGCAUCCAUCGGAAGGCCUCGUUCUUUAGACAGGCAUAUUCCAGCUGGAACAUGUCACAGUAUCAGCGUGAUGACAUUGAUGACAUGGCAGACAAUUAUGAAAUGGCUGAUGCAGAGGAUGACAUGGAUGGCGAUUUUCAUGGACGGGGAGUUGGUGAUUCAGACUCUGAUGAUGAAGAGUAUGGACAUUUGAAUGGUAGGAUUACAGACACCUCAUCUGCACAAGCAAGGAGAGGAAUAGACAUCCAAGGGAUCCCCUGGGAUAGGCUUAGCAUCACAAGAGAGAAGUACAGGCAAACGAGACUAGAGCAGUAUAAGAACUAUGAAAAUAUUCCUAAUUCUGGAGAGUUAUCACUAAAGGAAUCCAAACUGACCAAGAAGGGGGGAUCAUAUUACGACUUUUGGUGCAAUACAAGAUCUGUCAAAUCAACCAUCCUUCAUUUUCAGCUAAGAAAUUUGGUUUGGGCUACAUCAAAGCAUGAUGUCUACCUUAUGUCGCACUACUCUGUCAUUCAUUGGUCCGCACUAACUUCUGAGAAGACUGAAGUUUUGAAUGUUUCAGGGCAUGUAACACCUUGUGAGAAACACCCGGGCAAUCUAUUAGAAGGAUUUAGUCAGACUCAAGUCAGCACUUUAGCUGUAAAAGAUAAUUUGCUUAUAGCUGGUGGUUUUCAGGGAGAAUUAAUUUGUAAGUAUUUGGAUCGGCCUGGAAUAAGCUUUUGUUGCCGGACAACAUACGAUGAUAAUGCCAUCACAAAUGCAGUUGAGAUUUACAACAGUAACAGUGGUGCUGUUCACUUCAUGUCUUCAAACAAUGACUCUGGAGUUAGAGACUUUGACAUGGAAAGAUUUCAGCUUGCCAAGCAUUUUCGCUUCCAGUGGCCAGUAAAUCACACAUCACUCAGUCCUGAUGGAAAGCUUCUUGUCAUCGUGGGAGAUAAUCCUGAAGGAUUACUCGUGGAUGCACAUACUGGCAAGACCAUCCAUGAAUUAAGCGGACACAUUGAUUACUCAUUUGCUUCUGCAUGGAAUCCCAAUGGCUUCACAUUUGCCACCGGCAACCAAGACAAGACUUGUCGGGUCUGGGAUAUCCGAAACCUUUCCAAAUCAGCUGCUGUUCUCAGAGGCAACCUCGGAGCCAUUAGAUCAAUCCGCUUCACCUCUGAUGGCCGGUUCAUGGCCAUGGCAGAGCCGGCCGACUUUGUCCAUGUAUUCGAUGUCACAAGUGAGUACGAAAAGAAGCAGGAACUGGAUUUCUUCGGCGAAAUCUCAGGCAUUUCAUUUAGUCCUGAUACAGAAUCUCUUUUUGUCGGCGUGUGGGAUCGUACUUACGGCAGCCUUCUCCAGUACCGGAGACGGCGAUUUUACACAUACCUUGACUCCAUGUUUUGAAAGAAACUUUUGAAGGUGAAGCUACUACAACUACGACGACUACUACUACUACCCAUUGGUUCUCAUCUUUAUGACAUUUUUGUGGGGGUCAUGAAAGCUUUCAUCUCAAUAAAUAAAAAGUGGAGAACUCCGGUGAAGAUGUAUAAAAGAAAAGAACAAGUUGUACAGUUUGCAAAGUUCAUUAUGGAGUUGAAUUUCAGAUUGCCAUCAGAAGACUAGUAUAAAAUUUGUGUUUUUUUUUUUUUGUUUUUUUAAGAUCAGUACAUUCAAAUUUGUAGUGGCAGCAAACAAACAUCCAAAUUUGUGUGAUCAGUGACCAUUAUUAGCUUCAGUCAAGGACUUGUUUACAAGUUGAA